GGUUCGCGUCCUAAAGUUCGCCUUUGAACCCCCCCUUCCCCUUUUUCCCCUUUCCCCCCUCCCCUUUUCCCCCCCUUCCCCUCCGCCGCACCGGGAGCAGCGGCAGCCAAGAUGUCCCGGUCCAACCGGCAGAAGGAAUACAAAUGCGGGGACCUGGUCUUUGCCAAGAUGAAGGGGUACCCGCACUGGCCCGCCCGGAUCGACGAGAUGCCGGAAGCUGCAGUCAAAUCCUCCUCCAACAAAUACCAAGUGUUCUUCUUCGGGACCCACGAGACGGCAUUCCUGGGGCCCAAAGACCUCUUCCCCUAUGAGGAGUGCAAGGAGAAGUUUGGGAAGCCCAACAAGAGGAAAGGCUUCAGCGAGGGCCUCUGGGAGAUCGAGAACAACCCCACAGUGAAAGCCUCCGGAUACCAGCCCACCCAGAAGCAGACCUGCUCCGAGGCGGGCGCGCAGGAGCCGGAGGGCGAUGGGGCCAAGAAAGGCAGCGCCGAGGGCAGCAGCGACGACGAGGGGCAGUUGGUGAUCGACGAGCAGGCCCGGGAGCGCGCCGGUGCCAAGCGCCGGGCCGACGACGCUGCCCAGAACUCCCCCAAGCGCCCCAAGGAAGCGGAGGGGCAGGAGGGCCCCAAAGCCAACGAGGAGCCCCCCGAGGAGGAGGAGGUGGUGAAGGCGAACGCGGGCGAUGGGGACAAGAACAGCGCCGGGGCCGCGCCGGAGGCCACGGGGAUGGGCACGGAGGAGCUCAGAGACCACGAGGAGAGUCUGUAGCGGGGUCGGGCCCGGCCCCAUUGGGCUCCGUUGGGUGCUGCUCGUCGUGGCCAGAGGAAAAGGAGCCCAGGAGCCGAGCGAGAGGAAGGAAGGAGGCGAGAGGCGGGCGUGGGGCCCGCACCCGGUGCAUGCUUCCCGCAGCGAGCCCCGGGGGCUGAGCGGCUCCGGGCGAAUAAAAGCGAUUCCUGCCUUUUUAAA